UUGCACUGAAUGGCUAUUGUGUUGACUGUUGUCAUUUUUUUAUGUGACAAUCUAAGGGAAAAGAGGCCAGUGCCCCUGACUAAAUAGUCAGGUAGCACAUGUUUUAAAAUCCUUGUGGCGCACCAGAAUGCUUCCUUUGGCGGUGUUAUGAGAAUCGCUGCUUAGAUGCUUGGGUCACAAGUAAUCCCUGUGUCUCUCUUUUGAUCAAAUAUUUUCCUCUAUUUUUGGUUUCAUUUCUGGUUAAGAGAAGACUAUCAGGCCCUGAGCAGUGUGACUCUGUGGGUCGUGUGUCGUUCCACAAGGUGAAAGGCCCUGGUUUGAUUUCCGGUUGGGGCACAGGCCUGGGUUGCAGUCGGGGCGGGUAAGAGAGGUCACCUAUCCAUGUUUCUCACAAUGUUUCCCUACCUUCUCUCUAAAAAUAAAUAAAUCAAAUCUUGAAAAAAAUGAGAGAGAGAACUACCAGUAUUGUAACACCAAAGUAAAAGAUACUAGGCUCUAGUAGCUGAUUAAUGUAUGAUGAACUUGAACUCUUGUUAAGUACAAGUUUCAGCUUUACUCAAAAACAAACACAAAAGCAAAACUGUCCAUGGGAGGGGGGAGCAGGCCAAGAAUGCCUGAUGGGUAGGAAGAGGAAGGCGGGACACACUGGCUAUUCAGCUUCGUGUUUAGAGGAUCACGGGUAGUCGUGGGUCCCCAACUGACAAUCAGCUUGGCAGCAGGCAGGUUUCAUUUCAACUGCUAGCAUUUUCCAUUUGAAUUAGGUACCAACAUUCCAAAACAACCGGUUUCCCAUAAUCAUCCAGAAUCUGGGAUUUUAAGUUUUAUUCCAUUUUAAUUAAUUUAAACAGGAACUUAUGGCUAGAGACUACUGUAUUGGACAGCACAGAUUAAGGUUGACUCCAGAGAAAAAUUUCCAAGGUGAGAUUCCUUGGCCCUAGCCAUGGCUGGCUGUGACAUCUGGCCACCCCCACUCACACCCCCCACUCUGGGCUUUUCUGGGGUGAGGGAAUGCUCCCCAGAUCUGUUCCCAUCCAGCCUGCCUUUGAAGGAGUUGAGGUGGGGGAGGGAGAAAGCUACCACAGUGUGGCAUGGUGGGGAAGACAGCAGAUGGCGUUCAGGUGAAUGUAAAAGAAAGAUGAGAAGGCUGUUUUAGGACAGUCCUCUGCAGUGGCCAUGAUGGAGGUGCUGAGGACAACACAGAGCUUGUUGGCGGCCCUGGGAGGCUGGAACCCCAACCGCAUGGCCACAUCAGCAGAGGAGAGGAACCAAGUCACACUUGACCUUAAAGCAGCAGGAUGACCGGAAUUAAAUGAGAGAUGCCAUCGACACAGAGUUCUCCUUAAAACAUUUUAAUCAGGCAUUCGCUUUAUGACUCGAGUUGUCCUACAAACAGAGAAGAUAAAUCAUCACCGGGAGUGGUUUCAUACAAACAACAAAGUGCACACAACCCCCUCAAGUGACUGUGGCGGACUGGCCAAAAGAGAUGUGAAACUGGCUAGGUUCAUUGAAACAGCAGCUGUUUCUGUGAGAUUUCUUCCAAAAUGCUAUAAAAUCUUAUUAACAUCUUAGGUGUAAUGUAUUUUGAAGACAAUUUACACGAACCAUUUAAGUUGUGAAUUUAGUUCAUCUUC